AUGAGCCACCAGCCAAAGGGCCUGAGGGAGGCAGCAGGAGGUGGAGCAAGAGGGAGGUCGAGGAGCGGCUCUCCAGGCACAGGUGACAGGUUUGGAAGGAGACCCUCCAGGAAGCAGGCCCCCAAAGCUGAGGGUGCAGCAGGCAAGCGUGGAGUCCCUCCUGGCCAGAAGGAUCGGGCCAGGGGCAGCCCAAGGCCGGAGUCCCCCAGGAGGAAGCAGGCGGAGCACAGGAGACACCGAGAGGAGCUGAGGGAACAGAAGCGGAGCACGACCCAGAGGAUCCGCGAGGGGAGAAGGAGGAGGGAUGGGAAGGUUCCCCUCAAGGAGCAGAGAGCACCUUCAAAGAAGGGAAAGGAGGCGUCAAACAAGGAGACGUGGAAGCAACUGAAGAAACACAGGUCGUCCUCCUCGGCCUCCAGUGCCUCCGGUGGGGAGUCUCUGUCUGAGGAGGAACUGGCCCAGAUCCUGGAGCAGGUGGAAGACAAGAAGAAGCUCAUUGCCACCAUGCGCAACAAGCCCUGGCCCAUGGCAAAGAAGCUUACGGAGCUCAGGGAGGCCCAAGAAUUUGUGGAGAAGUAUGAAGGAGCCUUGGGAAAGGGGAAAGGCAAGCGACUCUACGCCUAUAAGAUGCUGAUGGCUAAGAAAUGGGUCAAGUUUAAGAGAGACUUCCAUAACUUCAAGACUCAGUGUAUUCCCUGGGAAAUGAAGAUCAAGGACAUUGAAAGUCACUUUGGUUCGUCAGUGGCAUCAUAUUUCAUCUUUCUCCGAUGGAUGUAUGGCGUUAACCUUGUUCUUUUCGGCUUAAUAUUUGGUCUAGUCAUAAUCCCAGAGGUACUGAUGGGCAUGCCCUAUGGAAGUAUACCCAGGAAGACGGUGCCUCGGGCUGAGGAAGAAAAAGCCAUGGAUUUUUCCGUUCUCUGGGAUUUUGAGGGCUACAUCAAAUACUCCGCUCUCUUCUACGGCUACUACAACGACCAGAGGACCAUCGGGUGGCUGAGGUACAGGUUGCCCAUGGCUUACUUUAUGGUGGGGGUCAGCGUGUUCGGCUAUAGCCUGAUGAUGGUCAUUAGAUCGAUGGCCAGCAACAGCCAGGGCAGCACAAGCGAGGGGGAGAGUGAGAACUUCACAUUCAGCUUCAAGAUGUUCACCAGCUGGGACUACCUGAUCGGGAAUUCAGAGACGGCCGAUAACAAGUACGCCUCCAUCACCACCAGCUUCAAGGAAUCAAUAGUGGAUGAACAAGAGAGUAAUAAAGAGGAAAAUAUCCAUCUGACGAGAUUCCUCCGGGUUCUGGCCAACUUUCUCAUCAUCUGCUGUUUGUGUGGGAGUGGGUACCUCAUCUACUUUGUGGUGAAGCGAUCCCAGGAAUUCUCCAAAAUGCAGAACGUCAGCUGGUAUGAAAGGAAUGAGGUAGAAAUCGUGAUGUCUCUGCUUGGGAUGUUCUGUCCCCCUCUGUUUGAAACGAUCGCUGCCCUGGAGAAUUACCACCCACGCAUUGGACUGAAGUGGCAGCUGGGACGCAUCUUUGCACUCUUCCUGGGGAACCUCUAUACGUUUCUCUUGGCCCUGAUGGAUGAUGUCCACCUCAAGCUUUCUAAUGAAGAGACAAUAAAGAACAUCACUCACUGGACUCUGUUUAACUAUUACAACUCCUCCAGUUGGAACGAGAGUUUCCCCCGGCCACCCCUGCACCCUGCUGACGUGCCCCGGGGCUCUUGCUGGGAGACAGCCGUGGGCAUUGAAUUCAUGAGGCUGACGGUGUCUGACAUGCUGGUAACAUACAUCACCAUCCUGGUGGGGGACUUCCUGCGGGCCUGUUUUGUCCGCUUCAUGAACUACUGCUGGUGCUGGGACCUGGAGGCUGGAUUUCCUUCAUAUGCUGAGUUUGACAUUAGUGGGAACGUGCUUGGUUUGAUCUUCAACCAAGGAAUGAUCUGGAUGGGCUCCUUUUAUGCCCCGGGACUGGUGGGCAUCAACGUGCUGCGCCUGCUGACCUCCAUGUACUUCCAGUGCUGGGCAGUGAUGAGCAGCAACGUCCCCCACGAACGUGUGUUCAAAGCCUCGCGAUCCAACAACUUCUACAUGGGCCUCCUGCUGCUGGUGCUCUUCCUCAGCCUCCUGCCGGUGGCCUACACCAUCAUGUCUCUGCCGCCCUCCUUCGACUGUGGGCCGUUCAGUGGGAAAAACAGAAUGUAUGAUGUCAUCCAAGAGACCGUUGAAAACGACUUCCCAACCUUCCUGGGCAAGAUCUUUGCGUUCCUGGCCAAUCCAGGCCUGAUCAUUCCAGCCAUCCUGCUGAUGUUCCUGGCCAUCUACUACCUGAACUCAGUUUCCAAAAGCCUUUCCCGAGCUAACACCCAGCUAAGGAAGAAAAUCCAAGCGCUCCGUGAGGUUGAGAAGAGCCACAAAUCUGUCAAAGGCAGGGCCACAGCCAGAGAUUCAGCGGACACAGCUAAAGACAGCUCCAAAAAUGCCACCCAGCUCCAACUCACCAAAGCAGGCACCACACCUCACUCUGCCAGCCAAAGCCAGACCCUGGACAGGAAGGCACAGGACCCUGGGACCUCCAGUUCUGCCCGUGGGACCACACUGCCUGCCUCCGGCCACCUCCCUGUGUCUCGGCCUCCCAGCCUCAGACAAGAUGCUGGCCAAGCCCGGCCUCAGACUCACCCUGGGAGGUCAGCCUCUAAAAAGGGUGCUCAGAAACCUCCCCACUGA